GCGGUGAGGGGCGGGCGGGCGUUAAAGGCGGGGCCGGGGGCGGGAGGGGCCCGGCCGUGAGGUGAGGUGCCGGGACGCCGUCCCUCCGUCCUUCACGUGCCGCUGUCCGCUCGUCCCGGCCUCGCAGCGCCGCGGGGAGCCGCCCGCUGAGGGGACGCCGCCAGCAGCCGCCGCGCUCCGAGCCGCGGGGUCCUGGCGAGGAUGGACAGGUGCCGCAUGGUUGAUCCUUUUGCCACACAUCAUGAAUAUAUGCGGCAGAUGAUGAGAAGCUUUUCUGAUCCCUUUGGACGAGAUCCAUUUUUCAGUAUAACAGAUGGCGGGGAGAGAACAGUAGAUCGAAGAGCGCGCCAGGAUUCUCAGGUUGCUCUGAGAGGAAAUCGCAGAGCAACAAGCUACUCCCUGAUGCCCUUUGCAGGCUUUGGUAGCAUGCACGAUGCAGAUUUCGGGGACCCUUUUUUUGCAAUGGACAGAAUGAUGUCAAAUAUGAGAAACAGCAUGUUGGAGAUGCAAAGAAAAUUUGAUGAGCUGUCUGUCCAUCCAGAUGCACACACCUUCAGCUCCUCCUCUGUGAUGACAUAUUCCAAAAUAGGGGAUGAACCACCAAAAAUUUUCCAAGCCUCAGCUCAGAUGCGCACAGCUCCAGGAGGUGUUAAGGAGACAAGAAAAGCACUUAAGGAUUCUGAAAGCGGACUGGAAAAAAUGGCUAUUGGUCACCACAUUCACGAUCGUGCCCAUGUCAUAAAAAAAUCAAAGAACAGGAAGACUGGUGAUGAAGAAAUAAACCAAGAAUUCAUCAACUUGGAUGAAACUGAGGCCCAGACAUUUGAUGAGGAGUGGCAGAAAGAGAUAACCAAGUUCAAGCCAUCCAGAACCAGAUACAAUUUAGAAGCUCCAAAAUACAGAAGUAUUCAGCACAUACCUAAGGAAGAUGGAUUAAAAAGAGAGAAACCACUCCUAUCUGUGGGUUCCAGGGGACCCAGAGUUUCCACGGAGAACCUCAGUGUGAAAGGAACACACGUUCCCAUCAAAAGCAGCAAAAAAUAAAAUGUUUCCAUUGUCCGUUUGGAUGGAGAUUCUUCAGAGAAGAUAAUGGUGCUGCACUGCUUAUGUUCAUAUAAGUAUACACAUUUAUGACCAAUCUGUCUUUUGUUUUAGUGUCUUGCUACUCUAAUCUGUUGACUGUUGAAUGUUGUUUAAAACUUCAGCUCCUAGGUUAAGUCAACUAGUGUCAGUAAAUACAAAAAAGACACAAAACAACAAAAACCUUUCUACUUAAAAGCACUUUAAACAGAAUUACUGAUAAACUAUUAAAAAUAUAUGCUUUGGUUAGAAGAGUCUUUUCUCCACUUAAAACUGCACCAGUCUCAAACUUUUUAUUAAGCCUGAUAAUUAAACUUUUUUCCCCCACGUUGUGCAACUUGCACAGAAAGUAAAUUCUGUUCUUACUUUGUGUGGUCAAAAUAACUUGUUCUGGUGAUACAGCAAUCAAUAGCCAUUUCAGUACCCUGUAGCCACUGUAUAUACAGCUUUAAAUUCAUACUUUAAAUUGGUAUAGAAUCCCCAGAUUCAUCUUGAUUUUUAAAAUGAAUAAAAGUGAGAGGAGUACUAAAAUAACAAAUACUACUUUUAAAUUGUUUAUCAGCAUUCUUCUGUUCAUAAGCUGCACUUGAAUCUCUCAUCUCCAUCCCUAGCCUGUUAAUCUCAUAUUUCUGGUCCUUUGUAUGUUUCCUUUGGAGGUAGCCCAUUAUUCUUCAUUCUUGAAGGCUCUCCGUUGAGGUUUUCCAUUACUCUAGAAUAAUAUCACUGUGUCCUAAGAAACUCAGAUGUAACUAUCAGCUCCUGAUUGGAAAAACGUGGGAGAAAUGGUUCAGUAAUGUGCAACCAUUCAUUAUCCCAUUUCUUUUUCUAAAAAGCUAAAAUAUCCCUACAUGCAGGAAACCAUUUCCCCCCUCAGCUGAGAUGAGUUCUUAUAUUAUUUCAUGCCCUGAUUUAGUGGAUGUAGAAGGAUCCUACAUCUAAUAUUUGAUCUUCCUUGACACUUCUCGUCGUCGUUUGGUGAAAGGAUCUGGUGUUCUAUAGGAAAGCAAACUGUGUGUGACACUUUGUUUUCAGUCACUGUAUUAGAAGUGUUAAGUUUGUGUGCUGUCUCGUUACUCUGAUCCCAUGUUGUAGAGUAAAUUUCUGUAGAUACAACGUUCUAGCAUUAGCACUAAAGCAUAUAUUUCAAGGCUAAAACGUAGUGUAGCCUUCAAAAAAGUCACUGUUAAAAUUGUUUAAGUUUAAUAUUCAUAUGACUAAAAGAAAUGGUCUAGGUUGAAUCUUUCUGCAGAUUCCUCAGAUUAUUUAAUGUUGCUUAUUAAUGUGUAAAGAAAAGUACUUUUUUUGAACUGAUGAGACAACAGUUUCUCUACUUGUUUAACACAGUGGCCUUAUUUCUAUUAUUAGAGCAAAUACUAGUAGCAAUAAUUUUUUGCUGUUGCACUGUUCCACCAGCAGUCAAGGUAAGAGGAUUUACUGUAGUAGGCAGCGUGUGUUGUAGCUCAGACAUGUGCACAUCCCUUCUGCUGCCGAUGCUGUAGGAGCUGAAACCUCUGACAGGGAAACAGGCAGAAAGCCAUGUGUACUACCACAGUAAUAAUACCUGCGGAGGAUGUCUGCCAGAACCCUUACUCUAAGGAUGCUUUUAUUCUCUCCAGAAGGUAAGAGUACAGCUUAGGGCCUGAUCCUUCAUUUGCUAAAGACAACAUCAAUUUUGCAAUUAAUGUAAGUGAGAAUAUCAGGCCAUAGAGGCAUUUUUCAGGUAUGUCACUUAAAUUUCCUGAAGAUAAACAUCAGAAAACAUGAUGUUGUAACUUCAGCAGAAAUCUGAGUUUUGAGAGAUGUUGCUAUUUAACAGAAGACAGAAUUCAUCUGACUGCUUGUAUUUUUGCCUAUGCUUUACUGGGAUGGAUGAACGUAAACAAUUGAGAAAACGAGAACAUCAUGGGUUAUAAAAAAAAAAAUCUUAGAAAGGGGCUAAUAGUCAUUAUAGACUACUUUGUUAUGCAAAACAAUGUUAAUGUUAUGCAAGAGAAAUUGUUCUACAUAGGAACAUCUGAAACUAUAGUUCUUUAAUAAAGUUAUUUAUUAUU